AUGCGAGGAUCUUGGCCUGGAAGACCUGGAGGACCACCAUUGAAUGAAGCGCCGAAGCCGCCUGUCCAGCUGAAGUGUAGGCGCAUCCAGCGAGAGCAAGUACAGAAGCAGUACGGAGGAGCCGUCAGUGAUGCCCUUGCUGAUUCUCUGUCAUCAGUUGGUGGGACAUUACCUCACUUCCUGCAAGAGCCUGAGGAUGCUUACAUAAUCAAAAACAACCCUAUCAAGCUGCGCUGCCGUGCGACCCCUGCCCUGCAGAUCUUCUUCAAAUGUAAUGGGGAAUGGGUCCAUCAGAACCAACAUACCUCACAAGAGUACAUGGACCAUAACACUGGGCUGAAAAUCCGUGAAGUGACGAUCAAUGUUACCAGGCAGCAGGUGGAGGAUUUCCAUGGUCCAGAAGACUACUGGUGCCUGUGUGUGGCCUGGAGUCACCUAGGAGGAAGGACCUCGUGGGAGAGGGAGAGAAAAAAGGUUUUUAUCAGUAAUGCACUCAAGAACUUGGAGCAGAGAGAAAUUACACUGGAGUUAUGGCUGAAAAUCCGUGAAGUGACGAUCAAUGUUACCAGGCAGCAGGUGGAGGAUUUCCAUGGUCCAGAAGACUACUGGUGCCUGUGUGUGGCCUGGAGUCACCUAGGAACCUCGAAGAGCCGUAAGGCCACAGUGAGGAUAGCCUACCUCCGCAAGAACUUCGAGCAGGAUCCUCAAGGGAAGGAAGUGCCAAUCAAGGGCAUGAUUGUGCUGCAUUGCCGUCCCCCAGAGGGAGUGCCCAUGGCAGAGGUGGAGUGGUUGAAAAAUGAAGAUUUGGUUAGCUCCCUUGGAGACGAUAACAUUGACACUCGUGCUGACCACAAUCUGAUCAUCAAUGAAGCCAGGCUCUCUGACUCUGGCAACUACACCUGCCUCGCCAGUAACGUAGUCGCAAAAAGACGCAGUGCUACAGCUACUGUAGUUGUGUUCGUGAAUGGUGGAUGGUCUCUGUGGACAGAGUGGUCUCCUUGCAGCGUGAACUGUGGGAGAGGAGUCCAGAAGCGAUCUCGGACCUGCACUAACCCCGCUCCUCUGAACGGAGGAGCGUUCUGUGAGGGCAUGUCUGUGCAGAAGAUCACCUGCAAUGCACUCUGCCCAGUGGAUGGAGUCUGGGAGGAGUGGAGCGAAUGGACGAUGUGUAGCGCGCAGUGUGAGAGGCAGCGAUGGAGGGAGUGCAACGCUCCACCGCCCCGUCACAGAGGCAAGAUGUGUGAGGGAGAAGGUCAAAGCCCUGAGAACUGCACGGGAGGACUGUGUACGCAAAAUGGGAAGCUGAUGCAUGAUGUUAAGCCUCAGAGUAUGGAGAACUCUAUUGAUGUUGCGCUGUACUCUGGUCUGGCUGCGGCGGUGAUCGCUGUGGUCGUCCUCAUAGUGGCCAUCACCCUCUACAGGAAGAGUCAAAGUGAGUAUGGAGUGGACGUCAUUGACUCAUCUGCUCUUGCUGGGGGCUUCCAGUCCUUCAGCUUCAAAACCACCAGACAGGGCAAUCCACUUCUACUGAAUUCCUCCAUGCAGCCCGAUAUAACCGUCGGCCAGAUGUACAGCAGCCCAAUCUGCUUUCAGGACUCCAUUGACAAAGAGCUCUUUGACCCCCUGCCAGACAAGGUCAAAGUUCAGAGCUCCUUUAUGGUUUCACUAGGUGUGGCGGACCGGGCCGAGUACCAUGUGAAAGCCCAUCCAGGGACCCUUCCUGCUAACCUUCACCCAAACUACAGCACAGUGGAAGGAAAGAUGAUGGCUAUGAUUGUUCCUAAUGGACUUCACACACUCAGGAAGACUCGGUUUAAGACAAGUGCAGUGUUUGGGCAUCUGGGUGGCCGAUUAGUCAUUCCAAAUGCAGGAGUAAGCUUGCUGGUGCCUCACGGGGCGAUUGCUGAUGACACCUCUUGGGAAAUGUACAUGCUCACAAAUCAAGAGGAGUCUAGUGCCCAAUCAGAGGAAAGGUGUGAAAUUCUGUUAGGGCCAGAGGUCACAUAUGGACCUCCAGGGCUGAACCUGUCCUGUCCUGUUGCCAUAACGAUAGCUCAUUGUGCUGAAGUCAGCGCUGAAAACUGGAACAUUAAACUCAAGAGACAAACCAAGGACAACAAGUGGGAGGAAAUAAUGUCAGUAGAUGAUGAAUCAACCUCCUGCUAUUGCCUGAUGGAUUCGCAUAGCUGUCACUUGUUGUUGGAUCAGCCAGGCUGUUAUGCACUGGUGGGGGAACCCAUCACCGAUGCCGCUAUAAAGAGACUAAGGAUUGCUGUGUUCGGCAGUAUGGAGGCUUCUAUGGACUACAGCCUGCGAGUGCACUGUGUAGAUGACACACCGCAUGCCUUUCAGAGAGUGGUAACUGCUGAAACAAGUAGAGGAGGUCUGCUUCUUGAGGAGCCCAAGACGCUGUUCUUCAAAGGAAACUGCCUCAGUCUGCUGGUGUCCAUCCAGGAUAUCCCCCAGUUUCUGUGGAGCAUCAAACCCUUCACUACCUGUCAGGAAUUCUCCUUCACCCAAGUCUGGUAUAGUAACCAGCAGCCUAUGCACUGUGCCUUCUCGCUGCAGAGACAUAGCGCCUCAACCACCCAGCUCUCCUGCAAGAUCAGUGUGCGGCAGGUCAAAGGUCACGAGCAGAUCCUGCAGGUCUACACCUCAGUGGGAGAGAGUGAGAAAGAGACGGUCCCAUUUUUUAUGCAGGCAGAUUGCACGGUGACUUCACAGACGGGAGCCAAAGCCUUCAAAAUCCCCCUGUCCAUACGUCAGCGGAUAUGCACCACCUUCGAUACUGCCAACGCCAAGGGCAAGGACUGGCAGCUCUUAGCUCAGAAACUCCACAUUCAAAGGAACCUGUCCUACUUUACCAAGCAGAAUAGUCCAUCUGCUGUCAUUCUCAGUCUCUGGGAGGCCAGGCAUCAGGACAGUGGAGAUCUUGACUCACUUGCAAGUGCUUUGGAGGAGAUUGGAAAGAUCCACUGUAAAAGUCUGCCUCAGAGUCCAGAUGAAAAAGAAACAGACUUUACGUUUUGAGGGACUACUGAAGAUUACAUGUACUCCACCAGGUGCAGUUCGCCAGCAUCUUCAGUUUAGAGUCCAGGUGGACCCAGCUAAGGCAUAUCCAGUCUGAGAGAAGACUCGGGCAAAAUGCGACCAAUCAGACGGUUUCACAUAUCUGUACAUGUGCAAAGGAAGUAGUAUGAGUUCAUAUGAAUUUGGCACAGAUUCAACAGCUUCAAAAUGCUUUUCUCAAAGUAAACAUCAAAGUGCCAAGCCAUCACAUCUUACAUGAAAUUCUGCUUUAGCCUUUCUUUGGUGUAGGGGUGGGCGAUAUGGC